AUGGUCCCUCAAUCGAAUUCAUGGUGGAUCUCAAUGAGGACGAUAAGUCAUGGCUUCAAUGCGUCUCGCUUAGUCCGGUUUUUCUCGACCUCGAGGAUUCUUGCAGCCAAGCCGUUGCCGCCCCGUCCCAAACUCGAUGACAAGGAUAUCACGAUAUCUUACGUGAAGGGAUCUGGACCGGGAGGUCAGAAAAUUUAUAAUUAUGGUUUCCCCCCUCCUCCCCCUCCCUUCUGCAAUAUGCACGUGGAAAUAUCAUCAUCAUUGUUCUGUACCUUUACUGGUUUGAAAAUAACUCCGCUGGAAGUUCAUGCAGAGAUACAACCUGCCCCAUUUCCUCCGCCUUCGUUUCGUGGACUCUAUGACCCAACGAAUCAUUAUCAUUUAAGAAACAAAACAAACUCUGCCGUGCAAAUAACCCACAAACCGACCGGUAUCGUCGUUAAGUCGCAGGCGACCCGCUCGCGGUCCCAGAACGAGAAGAUCGCCCGCGAGAUCCUGGCCGAAAAGGUCGAGCUGCUGGAGAAAGGCGACCAGAGCCGCCUGGCCAUCAAGAGGGAGAGGGAGAGGAAGCGGAAAGCGAGCAGUGCCAAGAAGAGUCGCCGAAAGUACCGUAAGUUGGAGGAGGCUAAGCGGAAAGAAAAGGAGGAGAGAGAGAAGUUAUUGGCGGCCGGGAAGGAGGGCUUGAAGGAGGAAGAAGAAGUGGAGGAGGAGGAGGAAGUGGAGGAAGUGGAGGAGCAGGAGGAGCAGGAGGAGCAGGAGGAGCAGGAGCAGGAAAAGCGGGAAGAGCAGGAAAAAGAGAAAGAAGAGCGUGAUCCAAAUUCAAGUCCAACUCAGCAACAGACGUGA